AUGGCGGUUUCGGUUGGAUACCGAAUGGCGCUCGUCAGCCUUGUCAUGUUCGGCUGGAGCAUCGCGCGCGGCGAGAAGAUCGGGCUGCGGCCAAUCGAUCAGCCUUGGGUUGUGGUCCAGGGGGUCCUGUUUUUCGGCCUGGCCUUCAUCACCUUCUAUCAUUCAACGACGCUGAUCACCUCCGGCAUUUCGGCGCUGGUUCUUUCGACAUCCUCCCUGUUCGCGGCCGUCGUGGGUUGGCUGUUCCUGUCGGCGCCGGUCACCAUGCGCAUGCUUUUCGGCAUCAUGUCCGGCAUCGCCGGCCUUGCCGUCAUUGCGAUGCCGCAGCUUCUGGCGGUGUCGUCCGGCCCUCAAACGAUGGCUGGCGUUGCACUUGCCCUGGCGGCGGCGGCAUGCACCGGAUGCGGCACCGUCGUUGCCAUGCGAAACCAGCAAGCCGGGAUACCCAUAUCAGUGCUCAUGAGCUGGGCAGCGCUUUUUGGCGCCCUGUUUUCGUUCGCGCUGGCGCUGUUCGGUGACAUGAGCUUCAAGGUCGACAUAUCCGCGGCAUAUCUUGCCGGGCUGGCCUACUUGGCGAUCAUCGCGUCCUGCGUGACGUUCUUCAUGUAUUUCAGCCUCGUCCAACGCAUCGGCCCGGCCAGCGCGUCCUACACGCUGGCGCUCGUGCCGGUGGUUGCGCUGCUUCUGUCGGCCCUGUUCGAGAAUCUGACGAUCGACGGCUAUGUGAUCGCUGGCGGCAUCGCGGUUCUCUUCGGCAACAUUCUCGUCCUCAGCGCUCCGGCAAGACAGGCGGGCGACCUCAUCUUCCUGUCCGGCCAGGUGCCCUUCGGCCCUGACGGCGCGCUCGUCGGCGGAGACAUCGAAACGCAGACCCGCCAGGUGCUCGACAACAUCGCCGCCGCGCUUGAGCAGGCCGGCGCGUCUUUGGAUGAUGUCGUGAAGACCACCAUCUGGCUGACGGACCGGAACGAUUUCGUGCGCUUCAAUGCGGUUUAUGCGCAGUACUUCCCGCAUUUGCCUCCGGCGCGGUCCUGCGUCGGCGCGCCUUUGAUGGUCGACGCGAAUGUGGAGAUCGAGGUGGUGGCCUACCGCCCGGCCCCCUCAUAG